AGGCAACGCUUAACAAAAGUAUAGCUGUUUAGCAAUUUCCAGGUAGGCCUUCUUGUGGAAGGUGGAAGUAAAGUUUUGUCUUUUUCUCUUAACAGCCUAAAAUGACUGUGUGAAUUCAGUGGAAUAAAUGGCGUCCAAAGUAACUGAUGCUAUAGUCUGGUACCAGAAAAAGAUUGGUGCGUAUGAUCAACAAAUAUGGGAAAAAUCUGUAGAGCAAAGAGAAAUAAAGGGUUUGAGAAACAAACCAAAGAAAACGGGACAUGUGAAACCAGACCUCAUAGAUGUUGAUCUUGUAAGAGGAUCUGCUUUUGCUAAAGCAAAACCUGAAAGUCCUUGGACAUCUCUGACCCGCAAAGGAAUUGUGAGAGUUGUGUUCUUUCCGUUCUUCUAUGGGUGGUGGCUACAAGUGACAUCGAGGGUCAUCUUUUUCUGGCUGCUUGUUCUGUACCUUCUCCAAGUUGCUGCUGUAGUGUUGUUCUGCACAGCCCGGAGCCCACAUAAUAUACCUCUAACUGAAGUAAUUGGGCCAGUAUGGCUAAUGUUGCUACUUGGAACUGUACAUUGUCAGAUUGUUUCAACACGAACACCUAAGCCACCUCCCAGCACAGGGGGCAAAAGAAGAAGGAAAUUAAGGAGAGCAGCACAUUUGGAAGUACAUAGGGAAGGAGAUGGCUCUAGUACCACAGAUAACACACAGGAGGGAACAGUGCAGAGCUACGGUACAAGCACCUCUUACAGUAUUGGCGCUGUCUUCAGAGAUAUCUGGCAUGCUGCUUUCUUUUUAUCAGGAUCUAAGAAAGCAAAGAACUCAAUAGAUAAAUCAACAGAGACUGAUAACGGCUAUGUCUCCCUUGAUGGGAAAAAGCCAGGUAGAAGCAAUGAAGAAUGCAUACAGGCCCAUGGGCAUCACUGUGAAGUGAUUAAGCCAGAAGAGUCAGGGUGGAGCACUGCAACAGUAAAAAAUACGUUCAACAGUCAUAGUCAUCACAAAGAUACUCACAGGAUAGUAACAAAUUUAUCAGACGAAGUUUCUAGUGAGGAAGGACCUGAAACUGGAUAUUCUUUACGGCGCCAUGUAGAGCGCACUUCUAGUGAUUGCACAGUUCGAAACAGGAAAUCUCACCAUUAUAAGAAACACUAUUCUUUGGAGGAUACACCUAAAUCAGGUACUAGUUGCAGUUCUCGGUGUUCAAGUUCCAGACAAGAUUCUGAGAGUGCAAGGCCGGAGUCGGAAACUGAAGAUGUGCUGUGGGAGGACCUUUUACACUGUGCCGAAUGCCACUCUUCCUGUACCAGCGAGACAGAUGUAGAAAGCCCUCAAGUGAAUCCAUGUGUGAAGAAAGAAUAUAGAGAUGACCCAUUUCAUCAGAGUCACUUGCCCUGGAUCCAUAGUCUGAAUCCAGGACUAGAAAAAAUAAGCGCAAUUGUGUGGGAGGGUAAUGACUGCAAGAAAGCAGAUAUGUCUGUGCUUGAAAUCAGUGGCAUGAUAAUGAACAGAGUGAACAACUACAUACCAGGAAUUGGUUACCAGAUUUUUGGAAAAGUUGUAUCUUUAAUCUUGGGUUUAAUGCCAUUUGUAUUUCGACUUUCCCAAGCUAAAGAUUUGGAACAACUAGCUACGCAUUCUGCCACUGAACUCUGUGUUAUUGCAUUUGGAUCAAAUGGAGACAUACUGGUUCUCUCAAUGGUUAUUAUAAGUUUUGUAGUCCGUGUCUCUCUAGUGUGGAUUUUCUUUUUCCUGCUGUGUGUGGCAGAGAGAACGUACAAACAGAGACUUCUUUUUGCCAAACUUUUUGGUCAUCUAACAUCUGCCAGAAGGGCAAGAAAAUCGGAGGUUCCUCACUUCCGUUUGAAGAAAGUACAAAAUAUAAAAAUGUGGCUUUCUCUCAGGUCCUAUCUAAAGCGUCGAGGUCCUCAACGCUCAGUUGAUGUAAUAGUUUCAUCUGCCUUCCUACUGACCAUCUCGGUUGUAUUUAUCUGUUGUGCGCAGCUACUUCACAUGCAUGAGAUCUUCCUUGACUGUCACUACAAUUGGGAGCUAGUAAUUUGGUGCAUUUCACUCACUCUUUUUCUCUUAAGAUUUGUUACUCUUGGAUCUGAAACCAGUAAAAAAUACAGCAAUACCUCAAUAUUACUUACUGAGCAGAUAAACUUGUACUUGAAAAUGGAGAAAAAGCCUAAUAAGAAGGAGGAACUGACACUAGUGAACAAUGUUUUAAAACUUGCUACUAAAUUACUGAAGGAACUGGACAGUCCCUUUAGGUUAUAUGGGCUUACAAUGAACCCACUGCUUUAUAAUAUCACCCAAGUUGUCAUCCUGUCUGCUGUUUCUGGUGUCAUCAGUGACUUGCUUGGAUUUAAUCUAAAGCUCUGGAAGAUCAAAUCAUGACAAUACGUAAGGAAGAUGAGGUAACACAGUGUUAUAGAAAAGCUCAUUGACUGACAAAACUGCCUCAAAGCAGCCACUGAAUCUAUAUUUCAGAAGCUACAACCUCUUCAAGGAUAUUGUGUGGAAAAUUGAAGUGUUUACACCUGACUUGUGCAAUCUUUGUAUUUAUUUCAUCUUUUCGCUGUUUUAUGUUCAUUUUAGUUGACAUUUGUAUUUUAUUUUCAAAUAUAUUUGUUUAGUUUUAGAAAGGGUCAGAUUUAGAAGGGGUCAAAACCCUAGUAUCUGAGAAUUGAGAUCCCCGUGAUCGAUUACGCUAAAUUGUUCCAUCUAUUGUUAAAGCUGAAGGCAAUGUUGAACAUUUAUAUCUUAAAAUUUUUUAGUUACAGUAAUACUAUAUGGAAAUCAUUUUAUUUCGAUUAAGUAUAGUAAACUUGCUUAGAACAUUUUGUUUGCACCAAUCGUUUAUGAGGACAACAUAGCAUCAAUAUAUGUUUGGUUGCAAUAGAAAGUGAGACAUACACAAAUAUGAAGUACUGACAAUACAGUGUGACAGGUAGCAGGAAUAUUUUUUAUUGCUGUUAGAACUAAGUGGGGAAUUUUUAGUAUUUUGAGGAAUUCCAGGAUCUAAACUGACGUAGGCUGCAGUUUAAAUAUCCCGGGAUAUUAAUAAGGUAUUGUAUAAGAGAUCAACAAGUGCUCUUUGAUAACACUUUUAUUAGAGCAAUAAUUGUAAAUGGUUACCAUGCUGUAUGAUAUUUUGAUAAAAUUAAGUAUUGUAUUUAUUUGAAAUACUGGGCUGUUCUGCACAGCUCUGACUGUGCAUGCUCAAUAUGUGCACUUUUUAUUGUUACUUUUAAUGAGAAACUUUAUAUAUAUAUAUAUAUACAUAUAUAAUGUAUAUUAAAUGGUAUAUAUUAGGGUGAACUAUGGAGCAGUAUAUUUUAUAUCUUGAAGCUGAAUAUUUAAACAAGUGAAAACCUUACUGGAGAGAAGAAUGCUAUGAAUGACUGAGCAUAAGAUGAAUGGAUACUCUCCUGUCGUACACUAUAGUAUAUGCCAUUCAUACCACACUUAAGUUUAAGAACGGUUAAACGCAAAAAACAAGUUCUUCUGGUGAGCAGCAGCACUAAUGAAGCCUGAUAUUUUGUGGAUCUGUUUCAUCAAAUUGCCUCCUUCCCCGCCGUGGUCCCCCUCCCUACCCAAUAGGAAUCAUCCCCUAGUGCCCUCUGUGAGCUCCAGGCUUGGGUUUCCUGUCUCUAGUUGGAGCUCCAGCCUUGGAUUUUCCAUGUCUCACUGUCUUCUGUCCCUGUCUGCCACAUGGGCCAGUCAUAUAUUGACUCCUGGUUUCUCAGUAUAACAAAAGUAGAGGUUCACCCCUUUAGAAUUAAGUUAGUUGGAGCAAAGUUUCCGUUUACAAGUUGUAUUAGGAGGAUUAAUAUCACCAGGCUCAAGUAUUCUUACGUUUUGUGUUUCUAAAAUAAUACAUUUAUGAACUCCUCAAAUCAAUGGCUUCAUACUGAAAAAUGAAAAAGAGGUAAUUAGGUUACACAAGUCUGGACAUUACUUCAAAUCUUGAAAAAAAAAAAAAAAAAUCUGAAGUUUAGCAGACAGUGUAAUGUGUCUUAAACUUUUGUGGUAUAAAAAUAUUUUUAUAUAUAAAGUAACACAAACAAGCAUUUUGUAUUUUAUUUGCCUCUGUACUAAUGUUUAAUAAUGACCAAAGUGCAUUCUAGUUUUUGAAAGAAUGUAUUCCUGGAGCUUUAAGAACAUACUGUAGUUAGUUUCUCAUGUGUAAACCUCAGCUGCAUCUGAUCUCUUUCUUCUUUCUCUGUUGUCUGAUGUUGGGAUUGUUUUUAGCAAUUAAGUACAUUUUAUACACAAUUUUUUUCCAAAAUAUGGUACAGACCUACACAGAACUUAAU